AGAUUCUCCAAAUCCUCGUCUACCAAACGAAAUGGGCCGCCAAUUCGCCGGAAUUUGUGGUGCCCGUGGUUCACUGUACGGAUGCGUAGUGUGCAAUACGUACCUCACGUGCUCCAAAGAGCUCACGAGCAAAGCCUUCACCGGUAGUACCGGUCCGGCGACCCUGUUCAAACGUGCCUGGAACGUAGUUUACGGGCGGUGUGAGCACCGGAAAAUGACAACCGGUUGGCAUACGGUUCGAGAUGUUUUCUGCGUGACUUGCAACCAAAAACUAGGCUGGAUGUACGAGAUGGCGGUGUCGGAGUCGCAGACAUACAAGGAGACGCAGGUUAUCAUUGAAAAUGCGAAUUUCGAGAAGAUUGCCGGUGCGAUUAAAGAUCCGUUGGGCGAAGAUCGCCAGGAAGCCCCGCCAGCACCAAACUUGGAGAUGAGCCGCUACCCACUGGAAGCAGAAAAGAAAUCACGUCCACAAUACCGCACGGUUUCAGUUUCCUCGUCAUCUUCGGCGGAAUGCUAAAAAAUAAUCUGAAAUUCCCCCAAAACUGUACAUUUUCAAUCGAUUUUUCUUGUAAAAAUUCAAUUUGUUCCAUUUUUCUCUUUUUCUGCUAGCAAAACAUUAGAUUUUCAUGUUAAAUACGUCUUCGGUGCUUUGCCACUUUUUUUCUGUACACUUUACCUCUAAAAUUGUCUCCAUUUUUUUUCAAAAAUUCCAGUUUCCCCGCUUAUGUACAUAAAAAUUCAACCGUUU